CGGCCCCGGCCCCGGCCCCGCGGGGAGCGGGCACCGCCGGCGGCACGGGCCGUGGGCACCGCGGGGAUCGGGCGCAGGGACCGUGGGGACCGGGCACCGGACAACGCGAGUAUCGGGGACCGGGCACCGCCCGGCGUCGGGGCCACCGCGGACCAGCACCACCCAGUGCACCGCGGGACAGCGGGCAUCACCCCGGCCGCGGGCACCGCCCCACGCGGGGACACCCACGGGGCAGCGCCCCGGAGCAGCGUGCUGAACCCCUGCUCACCGGCCCGGGGUGCUGUCACAGCCCUGGCAGAGCUCGCUCCCCAAAACCAGAGGCUGAGUGCCCGCACCUCCAGCAUCGCACCCUCACCCCGCUGCUGGGUGCCCAGAUGGAGCGGAUGAUCGUCAGCAUGCAGGACCCCGACAUGGGCAUCAAGAUGAGGAACCAGCGCUUGCUCAUCACCGUCAUCCCCCAUGCCAUGACAGGGAAUGACAUUGUGGAGUGGCUCAUCCAGAAGUACGGCAUCACCGAGGAGGCCCCCCUGCUCCUUCCCACUCCCCCAGAGUCGCUGCACCUCGGCAACCUCAUCGUGAAGCACGGCUACAUCUACCCCCUCAAAGACCCCCGCAGCCUGGUGCUGCGGGCGGACGAGUCGCCCUACCGCUUCCAGACCCCUUAUUUCUGGACCAGCACCAAAUGGCCGGCCACGGAGCUGGACUAUGCCAUUUACCUGGCCAAGAAGAACAUCCGCAAGCAGGGUGACCUGAUCGAGCACGAGAAGGACAACUACAACCUCCUGCACAAGCGGAUCAACCACACGUGGGACUUUGUGGUGAUGCAGGCGCGGGAGCAGCUCCGGGCGGCCAAGCAGCGGCGGAAGGGCGACCGCAUUGUCAUCGACUGCCAGGAGCAGGCGUACUGGCUCGUCAACCGGCCCCCGCCGGGAGCCCCCAACGUGCUGGAGCAGGGCCCCGAGCGCAGGAGCUGCUAUGCCACCGGCGUCCAGCUGGCCAAGAACAUGGAUUACUACAAGCGGGAGAUCGAGUACUGCAGGAAGGCCAUGUCCAGGACCAGGGUGAAGUCCUCCAUCUGCCUCGAGGGGUACAUCAAGUUCAAUGAGCAGUACAUGCCCCACGACCCCAUCAUGUCCGGCUGCCUGCCCAGCAACCCCUGGAUCACAGAUGACACCACGUACUGGGCCAUGAAUGCCCCCACGGUGCCGACCCCCACGAAGCUGCGCGUGGAGCGCUGGGGCUUCAACUUCAGAGAGCUCCUCACCGACCCCCUGGGCCGGGCUCAGUUCCUCGACUUCCUCAAUAAGGAAUUCAGCGCCGAGAACCUGAGCUUCUGGGAGGCGUGUGAGGAGCUGCGCUACGGGGAGCAGUCCCGCGUCCCCGAGAUCGUGGACUCCAUCUACCAGCAGUUCCUGGCACCCGGGGCCAUGUGCUGGGUGAACAUCGACAGCAAGACCAUGGAGCGGACGCUGGAGGUCAUCGAGACGCCCCACCGCUACAUGAUGGACGAUGCCCAGAUGCACAUCUACAUGCUGAUGAAGAAGGACUCCUACCCGCGGUUCCUCAAGUCGGAGCUCUACAGGAACCUCCUGGCCGAAGCCGUCAUCCCGCCGGAGACCAAGAAGAGCGUCUUCCCCUUCAUGCGCAAGCAGCGGCACUCCAGCCCCAGCCCGGCCCUGUUCCUGCCCGGGGGUGACGCCGAGGAGAGGAGCAGGGGCCCCGCUGCCGACCCCGUCCCCAAGGAGGAGAGCUGAGUGCCUCGGUCUCCCACCGACGUGGGACCCCCUGGCCCCGGUGCCCCCCGCCCAGCACGCCCCGGCAGGACGAUGCUGGCAGUAGCACUGAAGGACAGAAGCCAUAUGCCCCCCCGCCCCCACAAACCCUCCCAAGCAACUCCCCCCGGGGCCCGGCCGGCCCCGCUGCAGACCCUGCUCACCCCCCCACACUCUCCCUGGGGGGGCCCGCACCCAGCCGGCCUGGUGCAGGGUCACCCCCUCCUCCUGCUCCCCACCCCCCCCCCCCCCGGGCACAAGACAAUAAAGCCCCCACGGGGAAA